AUGCUCCACUCUCCACUCCUCCUCCUCCUGCUCUUCCUCCCUCCAUGUCUUCCUUGCGAAACCGUCUCGUUCACCGAGUGUCAGCAGGCCCCCUUCGUGCCGGGACACAACCUGGCCGGCGAGGGCUUCAACGUGGUCAAGAUGGAGGCCAGCGGCGCCAGCGUGGUGGACGUGAAGACCUACAUGGUGGGAGGGAACCAGGGGAACUGCACCGUGUGCAACAACCGCCUCCUCAAGCAGAAACAGAAGCUGCCGGCAUCGGUGAAGGACUGGCGCAUCAAGGUGCAGUGCAGGCGCAGUCUGAGCAGCAGGAUGUACGAGUCCAGCCAGUCGGUCAUGAGGGAGACCAGCAAAUCUCUGGGCGUCAGCUGGAAGGUCGGUUUGAGUGUUGGUGGCCUGUUUGGAUUUGCCGUCGGGGGAUCGCACUCCAAGUCGUCUCGCUUCGCCUCGAGUCACACCAAGCAAGACAAGUUCUCCUUCACGAGCCAUGAGUUCAAAUGCAAAUACUACACUUUCCGUCUCCACUCCACCCCCCCACUGAGCACAGAGUUUGAGGAGGCCCUGAAGAAUCUGCCCAGCACCUACGACCACAAGAACACCACCGCCUACCGACAGUUCAUCGGCAUCUACGGGACACACUUCAUCCGCAGGGUUCAACUGGGCGGCCGCGUGCACGCCACCACCGCCAUCCAGACCUGCCGGGCCGCCAUGAGCAAACUGUCCAUGCACACCGUCAAGAACUGCCUGUCCGUCGAGGCCCGCGCCACGAUCCAUGGCAUCACCCCGAGUGCAUCCUCCAGCUUCUGCAAGUCGCAGGCCAAGAAGCUGAAAACGGGCAACAGCUUCAGCGGGGCUUUCUCGGACCGGGUCACAGAGGUUUUAGGAGGCGAUGGGGAUGUCGGGGACCUCCUCUUCGACUCCAACAAUAAAGUCGGUUACAAGAAGUGGCUCAAGUCCCUGAAGACAGUCCCAGGCGUGGUGUCCUACCAGCUGAGCCCCCUGCAUACCCUGGUGAGAGAAAACCCCACACUGAGGGCCAGCCUACAGGACGCCGUCAGCGACUACAUCCGAAAGAGCGCCGUGUCACUCCGCUGCCCCGCUCACUGCAAGGUUGGCAGAAAAAAUAAAAACUGUGCGUGUAAAUGUUUGGGACACCGCAUGGUCGACUCCAACUGCUGCCCCUCUGCGUCCGGCGUGGCCCGGAUGAACGUGACGGUGGUCCGAGCUGCGGGCCUCUGGGGCGACUAUGUCUCCAAGACCGACGGCUAUGUGAAGGUUUUCUAUGGUAAUCAAGGAGCCACGACUCCGGUGAUCUGGAAUAAUGACUUCCCCCGCUGGAACUUCCGAAUCCAGUUUGGUACCGUGAACCUGCAGAGCAGAACCAAAAUUUGUUUCGAGGUUUGGGACCGGGACAACCGGUGGAACGACGACCUGCUGGGGAGGGUGUACCUGAUCCCCACCAGCGGCCGGAACGUCGGCAAGACCUUCAAGCUGAAGCACGGCUCCCUGUUCGUGUCGCUGACGGUGGUGUGCGGGCCCAGCCUGAAGGGGUCACUGUGUGGCCACUACUCCCCCUCACCGGGCAUGGUGGAAGACGUGGAGGACGGCUGGGGUUCGGGGAUGCCGGCUCUGCGGUGGGACGCUGGCAGAGCGCACAACACCGUCUCCCUUAGACUUCCUCUGAAAACAUAACAUGGCCAAAUUUUAGAUAACGAUCUCCUGAAAAAUCUGCA